AAAAGCUAUCUUUUGCUUCCGCUUGUCGUGUGGACACAGAGACAGAGUCUGCUUUUUUUAACCCGAAGCUUGGCGAGUGGCUUGCAGAGACGGCAAUCUUAGCGGUGAAUGUGUGUCUGUGCGAGAGCGUGCGGAGCGCGACGGUUGAGCCGCCUUCGCCGCGUGCGAGCCUUGUCAAUCACCGCCUCCCGGACUUACCUAUCUAUGCGAGCAAGUCGACUCUGCCGUUGAAGCGCGGAGAUCUCGGGCUCGAAUCGGUUUUCUGAUCUUUGGAGGUGAGGGGAAGGAGUGAGAGAAUGCCGCUGGUGCGGUUGGAGGUGAGAAAUGAGUACGGGUUGGGAGAUCCGGAGCUGUACAAGAAGUCGUUGAGGAAGGAGGAUCCCAAGGCGAUCUUGGAUGGCGUCGCGGUGGCCGGUCUCGUAGGGAUCCUGCGGCAGUUGGGCGAUCUCGCCGAAUUUGCUGCAGAUGUUUUCCAUGACUUGCAUGAGCAAAUAACAGCUACAUCUGGAAGAAGCCGUAAAAUUAUGGCACAAGUAAGGAACAUUGAAUCGGCAAUUCCAUCUGUUGAGAAGGCCUUUAAAGAACAAACAAGUCAUAUCCACUUUGCAUAUAUUGCAGGUUCUGACUGGCAUACUCGGAUUCCACAUGGACAAAACCUCCUACUUUCCAGUGAACUUCCUCGCUUUAUGAUGGAUUGUUAUGAAGAAUGCCGUGAUCCACCUCGUUUAUUCCUCCUUGACAAAUUUGAUCAUUGUGGUACUGGAGCUUGUCUAAAAAGAUAUUCAGAUCCAUCCUAUUUCAAGAGGGUGUGGGCUGCAUCGCAUAUUGAAGGAGCUAAAAAUGAUAGAAAAGAAAAGAAAGUUGAAAAAUUCAAGAGGAAAGGGUCAAGAUUUAGGGAUGCAGAAAUUCAACAGGCAAUUUACUUAGCACGCUGUCCCAGCAGUGAAAAUAGGAAAUCUGACAGAGUUGAAAGAUUUGCAUCCCUAAGCACUGAUGGCUAUAGCAUUUCCCUUGAGAAUGAAAAUAUUUCUUCACUCGAAUUGAGAUUAAACACUGAAAUUUCAAGUAGAUCUACCUCUUUUGGUUCAAAGACAAAGGAAAGCUUUGUUGAGGAAACCUCAUAUGCAGACCCUCUAGUGAUGCCCGAUGAGCUAGACUAUAGUGGACUGUCUAAUCCUAAUUUACAUGGCACUGGCAGUGGUCUUACUGUUUCUCCUCUACAAGAUGAACCAGCUACAGAGAAUUUUGAUGAUGUCUCUCAACAUAAUUCACUGCAAGAGCAAAGUAUGCCAAGAUCUUCUGUCACAUGGGAGGAAAAAACUGAAAUAGUUAAGCCUACAAGUCCAGCAUCAUAUAACGACAUACUUGUUGACAGAGUUCAAAUGGUGCAAGAUGGCAUUAUAGUUGAAGAUUCAGAUUCUCUCCAAUUAAAUCCUGAAUUAGUCGAUGCUGAACAUGCAAAACUCGAAGCAUUGAUUCAUGAAGACAUCUUAUUUCAUGCUAUCAAAACUCCAGAACAAUUGUCUAAUGUCAACCAUUUUGAUGAAGUCACCAGUGAGACAGACAACUACGUGGAUGCACCAAACACAUUGGAUUCUGAGACAGAGACAGAAGCUGAGUAUCGCACUAAAAUAGAAGUGCAGUCAUUAGCUAACACCAAUCCAUUAGCAGUGGAAUCUGAAACAACGGAAAAUCAAAUUAUAUCUGUACAAAGUCCAGAUGUCAGUGAUGCUGAAGCUCCUGCUUCAUCAGAUAGUGCCCCGAUUCAAAAUGUGACUGAAAACUUUUCACAUUUGAGCUCUUCAAAUUGUCUGGAAUCUGUGCAGCAACCUUAUGCCACAGAGUUCAUGCAAAACCAAGACCAUAUUAUCCCUAAUUAUGUAACUGAUAUUUCGGACCGUCCCGAGGGGACAGAAAUUAAGGAUCAUCAUGAGUGCAUUGAUGGUGGUCUUUCUUCGAAAUCAGGUGCUUCAUGUGGACCAACAGUGAGAUUAGAUGAAGCCACAUCUGAGCCAUCUACAUUGGUACGUUCUGUUCCUACUGAUGUAUCUUCUAUGCCUUCUGUUCAGCUUUGGACAAAUGGUAACCUAUUUGGAGUUGAGCCAUCAAAACCGCCAGACCUUGGGGCUGUGAAUAAAGAAAAUGAGAAUUGCUUAUCUAAUUCUAGAGGUUCUGCAACUGGUUUUUCGAGUUCCACUGUUAAGUCUCAGAUGUCUGUUACCCAACCAGGUGCAAAAUCAGAUGGAAUGUCCUCUGUAAAUGAUACAUCAUCAGUAGAUUUCAUCUCGGAAAUGGAAGUGGGUUCUGAAUGCACAAAUUUGGCUUCCUGCAUUCCACAAAACUCAGCUGAGGGUCAAUUGUCAGCACGAAGAAAUAAUUAUGUUCAAAUGUCCAAAGAUGUGGAUAUCAAACAGUUCUUGCAUAUAUCUGUUCAACCUUCCUUACCAAGUAAGGUGCAAAAUAAUCUUCAAGAUAGUUAUAGUAGUAAUGAUGGUUUCUUAAAUAAACUUGGAACCACAAGAACGAGUGACAUUAAUGGAGCACCUAUAAGAGAUAGUUAUUGUGUUGGGUCAAAUACAGGGCCUAGCCAGAGCACAAUGGCAGUCUCCUCCAGUUUUUCUGAGCUUGCACAGAGGUUUCUUUCAAAUACUAUCCAAAGAAAAGUAUUAUCUUCCACAAAUUCAGGACAUACAAGCACUGAAAUAAAGAAAACCGAGGGAAAUUCCUGUCUGAAUAAUAAUAACCAGGAAGAACCAAAUAUUGUUGCAUCUCAAACAUCAUACAAACAAAUUGUCAAUGAAAAGGUUACUCUCAUAUCAGAAAUGGAGCCAGUCUCUUUAACUCAGCACUAUGCUGAGCAAAGUUCUCCACCCCUUGAAUAUAUGAAAAUACCUUUCCAUCCUAUGAAUGGCUUGGAAAAUUCUAGAUUGAAGCUGGAUUUUUCUAGUGGUAGUCUCUAUGAAAAUAAUGAAGAUUUCAUCUUUCCAUCAUUUCAAUUGCUGCAAGGCCCCGUUGAUACUUUGCCAGAAAUUUGCUCUGAAUCAGAUGACGACACGUUCUGCAGAUCUUGUCCAUAUUCUUCUGAGGAUCUUCUCAGUCCUUGCUCAUAUUCAAACUCUGAGCAGUGGGAUCAAGAUGAAAGAAGUGAAUACUUUGAUCAUGAAUUCAAUGAUAUUUCACAAAGGUGUCAAUCCUCAACUACAUCCAUAUCGAGGCCUGUGGGUUCUGAACAAAUGAACCAUGCCAAUAUGCACAUACCAGGAGAGGAAAACUUUGAUGUUAUUGCUGACAAUAGCAAACUACCUUUCCAUUUAGGAUCCAUGAUGGAGCUUCCUGGGCUUGAUUCUGUUGUACCUUUAAGAAAACAAGGUGUACAUUAUUCGUUGCCAGAAAAUCUAGCAAAUACAAGAGUACCUAAAGAUGAGGCACCCCCACCCCUGCCCCCUAUUCAGUGGAGGACAUCAAAGCCUUCAGUUACUUUUGAAGAUUAUGAUAAUUUUAAAAAAAAUCUUGAUCACUUGGAUGGCUUACAAGCUCCAAAAUUCUCUCCUUCACAGAAAAAGGAACAAAAUUCAGCCAUCUCUUCACACAUAGUACAAGCUGUUUUAGAACAUCCAAAGGAGAAAGUGAUUACAUCAGAAACCAGGCAAAAUCAGCAGAAGUUGAAUGAACUAAAAGGGUUAACUCAGAGUCCUAGUCAUAAUGAAGUCGACAUGAGGGAAGAUUUGCUUCAACAAAUCAGAAAUAAGAAAUUUAAUUUGAGACGGACUGCAACAUUAAUACCACGAGACAUUCCACGCCCCACAACCAAUGCUGCAAAUGGUAAUGUUAAUACAAUUUUGCAAAAGGCAAGUGCCAUACGCCAGGCAUUUGUGAGCAGUGAUGACGACAACUGGAGUGAUGCUUGAUGGCCACAGUCAUGGGCACCGUAACUGAUCAGCAGCAGCACUGUUCCGUGAUGAAAGGUUUGGAAGCUAGUUCCGGACCUAUCUUUUUGCCUUCUUUCUCGUAUUCUCCUAUACAGUGAAUGUGUUGUAUACUCACAAUAUACGUCUCCACUGCCAAAGUGAUUUGGCAGAUUGAUUCUUAGUCUUUACCAUAGGAUUCUCCAGGAACCAUGUAGUUGAUGACUGCCAACUGCAAAGCGCUUCACAAUGGCGAUCAUUAGCUGCUCAAUGGCGGCAUAAAAUGAGCACUGGAGGUUCAGAGAAACUCAGGAUUCACGAAGCAUUGAGUGAUGGACUUGAUGAUAUGGAACAUCGGUUAAGUAGCAUGGAACGAGCUCAGGGGAGCUUGGUCCACUCAAUAGAUUGAUGGUCUGGAUUGAGGAAGUUGAAGAUCUAGAGUUGAAAGUCACGAGAGAUUACAAGAGUGCAGGUAAUUUUGGGGCUUUUGUAUUGUAAAUGAUGGUUUUAGCUGUGUAAGAGUAGGCUAAUUAAUGGAUUGAUUGUGAAGCCUUUGACCAAGAGAUUGUAUGUCCAAAGCUUUAAUUUUUCAAUCAAUUUAGUCUUGCACUUUUGCAUAGGUUUGUGA